AUGGCAACCUGGAUGUCCGACGAGGCCCUUGGGGCCAGAGAGUCAAUCUCUGAAACCCACAUGCUAGUUACUGAGCUCUAUAACCCGGCAAACCAACGAGACCCCACUAGGAUCAACGAGAUCCAGGCACGACUUCAACAACUCCAGAAGACGGAACAUGCGUGGGCAAUCGCUGAUUCUCUUCUACAAAACGAGCACUCUCCCCAGCAUCGCUUCAUGGGAGCACUCACCUUCACGGUGAAGAUCAAUGUCUCCUGGAAUGAGAUCGACGAGAACGCAGCAGCGGAGAUAAUGCAACACCUCAUCAAUCGCUUUGUUGCUUUGGUCAACAAGGGUGAACAAGCAAUGGUCAUGAGGAAACUCGCUUCAAGCCUGGUCGCUAUCUUCAGGCACCCAGCUACACCGUGGAAGCAAGCUGUGUGGCAGCUUGCUGCAUGCCUUGCCCACGGCGGGUACAUAUCAGAGGAGGAAUCACAAGCGGUGGAUUUCCAGGGGCGCAUACUGCCAGCUUUGGGCAAGAGUGGAUCGGGUGCAUUGUUAUUCUUCUCAAUAGCACUCGCCGAGGAAGCUUACAGGCUGGAUUCGGAACCUCAGGAUGGGGCUGGAGAAAAGUCCGCUGUCCAGCGCGCCAUCUCGAAUAUCAAGGACGGCUUGCUUCUAGCUCAAUACGCCCUAAGAGAGAUUGUACAUCACGCAAAAGUAGCUGGUGAUGAUGCAGUUGACGUGGCACUGGGGGCUGAAGCGAUGAGUUCCUGGAAAACAUGGCUAGGAGUUCAUGGCAACCGUCAGCGCUCUUCUGCAGAAGAUGUCAAUGUCUUGGCUGUGAAUUGUGGCCAUACUAUCAUCGAAACACUGAGGGUUCCUAGCUUGAGUGAAAGCGCAGCUUCCAUUCUGACGCAGGCUUUCGAAACCCGCCGGUGGGCUUUUGACAAUAGCUCAAUUUGGCUUUUAUCCGAGAUUCUCGCUGAUUCAUUCGUCACAGCGCGUAUCGCUGCUGUGAGAAGUGGAGACGAGGGCAACGAGAGCAUGUCGUUUGUCGACCUCUUAAUAGCCUACGUCUCGCACUUACACUUGGGCAUUUUUAGUGACCCAGUGACCCAACAAAAUGCAGCGAUUUUGGUCCUCGUGCAUGGCAUAUUCGAGACACCUGGGUAUGCUGCCAUUGAUGAUCUCGGUACCCCACGGGUAUUGGAGUUUUGGAAUGAGAUCGCUGAGAGCCUUCCCGAUGAACUAGAACAUGACAGCCCGAGGUAUCAGCUAGUGAAGUCCCAUAUAGCUCAAGUUGUCUUGGGUCUUUCCGGGAAGCUACUAUACCCUAGUGCCGAGGAUUUGGAGGAUUGGACCGAUGAAGAGCGGAGCGAAUUCGGCGCUUUCCGCCAUGACGCUUGUGACUAUCUUCUAUCAGCAUACCCAGUCUUGGGUGUUGAACUAGUGACUGUCUUCCAGAGAAGCGCAACCUCUUACUUGGAGGCUCGAGACUGGCGCAACUUUGAGACAGCCAUGUUCUGCAUCGCUCAACUCUCGGAGGCAGUGGAUGAGAAUGGUCACGCCGAUCAGUGUCUGGAUGCUAUUUUCGGGAGUGACUCCUUUGCCAGGCUUUGCGCUGGUGGUGAGAUAGAAAUCCCGCUUAAGGCUCGUCAGACCUUAGUGGACUCGUUCGGAAAAUAUCAGUCGUACUUUGAACGCCACAGCGCAUUACUUGCUGGUGUUCUCAACAUCUUGUUUGACUCUCUCAAUUACGAAUUGUGUGCCCAAGCUGCUUCAAGAUCUAUAUUGACUCUCUCAAAGUCUUGCGCCCGGGUGUUGACUGCAGAUCUUCCAGCAUUUUUAGAUCAGCUGGACCAGUUCAGAAGCAAGCCGACGGCAACCGUCUCCACCAUGCCAAAAGUCUUGGAAGGAAUUGCGACUAUCAUUCAGAACCUAAACACUGAUGAAGAGAAAGUUCAAACCCUUGAGCGAAUACUUGGCUUCUUCGUCCAGGAAGCCACAACAGCGCGCGCAGAAGUCACUGGCCCUGAACAUGAGUCCGGUCGUGCACGCGGGCACCUUGUACUGAGCUGUAUUGCCAGUAUUGGAAGGGGUCUUCGUUCUGAAAACGAUGAACCCAUUAAUAUUGAUAACCAAGCGGACGGAAAUCCUUAUCCCCCAUCCUUUUGGAACGCCGGACCGGGUGCCGAAGCCCAGCGACUAAUCAUGGAGGCUAUGAGACUUCUCAUUGUGGACUUCCCCGUGGAUAACAGUAUAAUUGAAGCAGCCUGCGAUAUCUUGAAGGCCGGAUACACAGAAACAGCUGGGCUUUUCGUCUUCCCACCUUCAAUGACGGUUGAUUUCAUUAAGAGCUUCCCGCUUGGUAUCUCUGGAACAGAUGUUAUUAUGGCGACAGCGUCAUCAUUCUUGGCAUCACACGCUUCUCAUGCGAUGAAUAUUCGCAGCGAAGCCGCAGCGCUGAUCGAUCAUGUCGCCCAACUGUUCUCGUCGAUGCUUCAGACCCCCGAUCUGUACGACCCAGAGACUGCGAACGCCGGUAUUGACUUCCUGGCGCGUCUCCUGCCCAAAUACUAUCCAAUUUUGUUUACUUCCGGACCAGAGCUCAGUCCGGAAUCUCCGCUCGUUGUGCUACUCCAUUUCACGCUUCACGCAUUAACACGGCCUGAACCCCUCCCUCUCCGGUCCGCCUCAUUAUUCUGGAUCGCAUUAAUUGAUCUCCGUGGCAAUACCCCGGAACAAACCUCCAUCAUCGAAUCAGUUCAUCAAGAGUUCAUUCCACGCUUGUGCUACACCAUCGUCCAACAGAUAGCAGGUCGGUGCGCAAGAUCAGACCUAGUUUCACUAAAUGAUGCCCUUCGGCGUACUAUUUUUAAGAAAAUGGUACUGGCUCGCCCGGCGUUAAGAGCUGCACUCGACUCUUUGAAUGCGCAGGUCACAGAUCCAAGCGGACAACAAGUACCUCUGCUCUCGACGCAGGACAAGUCUCGAUUCCUGGAAUCCCUUGUCAUUGCUCGGGGUGCCCAGAAACAGUCACUCGAUAUUGUCCGUGCCUUCUGGUUGAAAUGCCGCGGAAUGAAUUUCGAUUAUGCUCAGUGA